AUGAUUUUGACCCCCAUGGAGAAAUCGGUCGACGGUUCCAGCCCUGCAGCGGCGAUCCUUCUUUCCGCUACAGCGCCUGGCUUCCUUACGGGCCACAGAGCUCACAGGCGCAGCUUUAACUUCCCCGUCCAGCCUUUGUACUCUCCCUUGACCCGUGUACGUUACCGGUUUACGUCUAUGAAAUUGCGGCCAGCAGUUCCUGCGCUGCUGUCUGAUCGUCCUAUGAGUCGGCGUCUACGAUACCUAAGAGCCGGAAAGACACACAGACUUCCGUCCGUCCAAUAG